CUUUCUAGCCUGCUAGUCAGAAUAAUCCACCCCCUCUUCUUCCUCUCUCCUUCCUCUCUCUCUCUCUCUCUCUCUCUCUCUCACACACACACAGCGCAUACGGUAUAAAUCCUCACAGUGCGACCAUCCCUCACCUUCUCGAUCAAACAACCACAAACCCUCAAGCACACGAAGCCAAUCCAAUAAUGGAGAUGGAAGUUGUGGUACCAGUGGCUCCCGUGGACUUCAACUUCGACAGCUCCUGCUCCUCUCCAUACAUGACUGCUCCUUCCAGCCCUCAACGAUUCGGCAACUUCUACUUCAGCGCCCCUACCAGUCCUACCCUCGCCUCCGCCUUCUACCACGAGCUCAACAGUCUCUCUCUCCACGGCGUGAUCCCCAGAAGCCCAGCCUCCUCGAUCCCCUUUAACUGGGAAGAAAGGCCCGGGAUUCCUAAAUCCAAAGUUAUCAACAAUGUCGAAAGCGAUAACGACAACGAUUAUGGUGAAGAUUUUGAGUUCGAUUUUAGUGGGCACUUAGAGCGGACUUCUUUGUCUGCUGACGAGCUCUUCGAUGGCGGAAAGAUAAAGCCUCUAAAACCACCACCUCGAUUACAAGUUGGCACCGGAGCUAAUGACCAUUCGGUGUCCAUUUCAUCUCCAAGGUCUCCAAGAUCAAGAAUUUCACAGGGAAAGAGGAUGGUCCAAGAAGCACUAUCACCGCGUCACAAGAAAGAUUUUGAUCCAUUCGCUGCGGCAAUAGAGGAAACUCGAAAGAAAGGAGAGCUCGGCCAGCGACAGGGGAGAGAACAAGAACAAAAGAGAGGGAGAGGAAAAUUCUCUGUAGGGUCAUCUUCAUCAAGUUUUCUACGUAGAGGAACAAGAUCCUUGUCUCCUCUGAGAGUCUCUGACCUUGUCUUAGGAGAAGAGGAGAAUUCACCGGCACCGAAAAGCAAUAUUCCUUCAACAGCAAGCAACACUAAAGCUUCCAGUACUCCUUCUUCAGCAUAUUCUUCAUUCUUGUCAUCCUUUUCUUUCUCCAAAGGUUACAGAAAAUGGAGGCUGAAAGAUUUUCUGUUGUUUCGGAGCGCGUCUGAGGGUCGGGCAACGGGCAAAGAUCCAUUGACUAAGUAUGCGGUUUUGUCCAAGAACAAGCUGGCCGAAGAUGUCAAGAACUCGAGCUUCCGGUCGACGGACAGUUCCGGUUCUGUGUCGAGCUCGAGGAGGAGAGGACCGGUUUCGGCCCACGAGAUGCAUUACACAGUGAACCGGGCGGCUUCGGAGGAGAUGAGGAGGAAGACUUUCUUGCCUUACAAGCAGGGCCUGCUGGGGUGCUUGGGGUUCAACCCUGGUGUGCAUGAGGUCACCAAGGCAUUUGGGUCUUUGACACGUGGAUGAUCCAGAUCUCUCAUCUGGGUCCCUAGCAGCAGCUAGCUUGUUGAAUAUAUGAUAAUUCUCUUAUGAUGUUUUGUAAUUUUAUUGGUUAGCUUAAUCUGGAUAGGUUCCUGUAUUGAUGUGUGUCUCUAUCGAUAAAAGGGACUGAAAUCGUAUGAAAAUUGUUUCUUUCAACUACAAAAAGGACAUAUAAGAGAUUACAGAGAGUAUUUGAUUA